GGCGGCGGGCAGAGGUAGAGCGGGGCAGGGCCGCGGCCAUGGCGGUGGAUCCAGGCGCUGAGGCGCGGUUCGGCCGCCCCGCGCCGCCGCCGCAGACGGGCUGGGAGCGGCUCAGCGAGCUGUGGCGGCGCGACGAGCGGCACCGGUACCCGGAGGAAACGAUGAAUAUCGUCAAGUCGGCCUUCACCGGGGGAGUCGUCGGCUGGGUGUACGGUGGGGUGCCGGCCUUCUACCAAGGACGGAAGGCCUUCAUUGAGAGGAGCCACGGGGAGCUCUUCCAGAACCGCGCCGAUGCGGUGCAAUCUGCACAUCGUGCCGGUCUCAGGAGUUUCAUCCGCUACGGCUGGCGCUGGAGCUGGAGAGUAGCUGCUUUUGUGACAAUAUUCAACACAGUGAGCACGGGUCUGUCUGUGUACCGCAAUAAAACCACCGUCAGUAAUUUUGCUUCAGCAGGAGCCUUCACAGGAGCCCUUUUCAGAAUGCACUUGGGCCUGCAGGGACUGGCAGGCGGCUUCGUGUUCGGAGCAGUGUUUGGGAUCCCUGCAGGGGGCCUCUUAAUGAUAAUGCAGAAGCUUGCUGGUGAGACCUUGCAGGAGAAGAGAAAUCGUGAGCGCAGGGAGCUGUAUGAACAGAAGUUAGCAGAGUGGCAAUCCAGGAUCAGUGUGACUGAAGGCUUGGGCCAAACGGAAAGCAACGCCCACGGAGGGCCGGAGUUGGAGAUAGCAAGAGAAUCUAGGAGCUACUGAGUCUUCCCCAGAUCUCUGUUGUAAGCAGCUAUAAAGUGCUCAUAAAAGUCUUCAGUCAAGGGGUCAUGGAAGUCUUCUGUGAACACAGUUAUAUCCUGUGCACUUGUGAAAAAGCAUUUUGCUGAAAACGUUGUUCAUGGAUGCAUAUCACUGCACAAGAGCUUUGAAGGGCCGAACCUGUUCCACCUGAGAAGGUGGAUUGCAGACUCCACAGACUAGGAAGUGUUAACUAGGUUUGGCAGGGGGUGAGGGCAGCCCCAGAGCCUCAUCUAGAACCCAUUUCACUGCUGAAAAUGUCCAAACCACCAGCAAUGUAGAAAUAUUCAAGGUAGCGGAGCCUUUAGAUGCGGAAGGUACCCUGAUGCCAAAAGCUAGUUAUGGUCUGCUGAAAGCUGCUCUUCAGACAGCACCAGAAGAACUUGCUGUCAAAGCGCAGUACAGGCAGCGUCAGAGUGAGCGUUUCUCCUCCUGUCACCAUCAUCCUCCCACCAUCAUCCUCCAACAGCUUGACUUGGCCUGGCUGGGACCAAUGCUGUUUUGCUGACAGUGGUUUCUUCAGGCUUUUUGCAGAAAAACACACUUGGUUCCUACAGUACUUGGGGUAUUUUGCAGUCAAUGAUGAAGAAGGGUGGAGGAGCUGGAAAUGAUACAGAAAUACCCUGAAAAAGACAUGUUUGGGCUCCUCAAUAGCACCAUGGCUGAGGGGGCCACGGAAAGGAUGACUUGUUUCUGGUGGAGAUGGUGGAAGAAUUGGCACUGUGGACAGUUCCAACAGCAACAAAAAGGCCUCUAAUUUCAUUUGAAGGUUGGAAAUUAGGGGAUUACCUUUUGGGGGAAUGUGGUUCAAGGCACUCAAUAAAGCCAUCUAGCAGCGGUG